AAGUCCAUGACUUUUUCAAAAGCUCGACAACUUUCAAAGAGAAAAUACAAAUUCUAAACAUAAAACUUCAACUAAAAUGAGAACACAAGCAGCAGCAACCCUGUACACACUUCUAGCUCUGUGCUGUGUAGGAAGUACUUUAUGUGGGCCCAUAACAGAGCUUGGUAACACGAUUCAGGAGGCUCCAGUCGAUAAUUUCUCAGAAAUUCCAAGUGGUUCCGACUACGAUGAGUCAGCAACACUGGUUCCAACCGAUUAUGCCUCAGAAAUACCAACUGGUUCCGACUAUGAUGAGUCAGAAACACAGGUUCCAGUCGAUAAUUCCUCAGAUAUACCAACUGGUUUCGACUAUGAUGAGUCAGAAACACAGAUUCCAGUCGAUAAUUCCUCAGAAAUACCAACUGGUUCCGACUAUGAUGAGUCAGAAACACAGAUUCCAGUCGAUAAUUCCUCAGAAAUACCAACUAGUUCCGACUAUGAUGGGUCAGAAACACAGGUUCCAGUCGAUUAUUCUUUAGGAAUUCCAAGUGGUUCCGACUACGAUGAGUUAACAACACAGAUUCCAGCCGAUAAUUCCUCAAAAAUAUCAACUAGUUCCGACUAUGAUGAGUCAGAAACAUAGGUUCCAGUCAAUAUUUCUUAAUAAGAUAGUUGGUUUACUAUUAAGCAAAAAU